GAAUUACAAAAGGAACCAAAAGCAAAUUAUUCGAUCUUUUGGGGGGAAGGAAAAAAUAAAAAAUUCAACAGACACAAAAAUAUUUAUAGAAUUAGGGUUCUCUAUUUAGCUUUCUCCAUCUUGCCUUUUCUCAGUUAUAUAUUCCUCCUCUCAGACUCAGAGUCGUAUAUCGCUCUACAAAACAAACGUGUUGAUUACUCAAAGCACUUCAUUGGAAUUCGAUUGUUCUGAUUAUACUGAUUUGGGACUUUUAAUAGAUUGUGAUUUGGGGAUUUUAGUUGAAAUCAAUAAAGAUCGCAUCUUUUUUAUCCCUUUUGCAUAAAAACCGUUUCAAUUUUGUGAAUUAGGGUUUCUGAUAUACGACGAUGAUAUCUGAAUCGGAAAGUGUCUGAUCGCCGAUUUAAUUAAAUCGGCGAGGUGAUUCGCAGUUUUGAAGGGGGUUUUGGGUUUUGUAUGGAAACUCGGAGCCGGAAGCGGGCGGAGGCCACCUCAUCAGCGCCUUCUUCAUCUUCUUCUGCUGGUCCCACCACCCGUGCCGCUAAGCGUGCUCGUCUCUCCUCCACUGCCGCCGCUACUUCCACCGCCAAUUCAACUCCCGCCGCCGCGUCUGCAUCGAUCUCAAUUCGUUCUCGCAUCUCAACUCGUUCCCAGGACUCAUCUACACCCAUGGACUCCACAAACGAAUCUUCCGGGUCGGGUACCCGAACCCGCCGUGGUAAGAACCCCAGUCAUGGUUCCGAUAAAGAUAAUAAUAAUUUGGAUAAAGGCAAGGAGAAAGAGCAUGAAGUUAGGGUCAGGGAUAAGAACAGGGAUAGGGAUAGGGAUAGGGAGGCUGAGAGGAGUCUAGGAUUGAACAUAGAUUCUGGUGGUGGUGAGGACGAUGAUAAUGAUAGCGAAGGCGGUGUUGGUAUUUUGCACCAGAAUUUAACUUCAGCAAGUAGUGCACUUCAAGGACUUCUUAGGAAACUAGGUGCUGGAUUGGAUGAUUUACUCCCCAGCUCUGCAAUGGGGUCUGCGUCUUCGUCCCAUCAGAGUGGUCGGCUCAAGAAGAUAUUGUCCGGUUUAAGGGCGGAUGGUGAGGAAGGGAAACAAGUAGAAGCUCUGACUCAGCUGUGUGAGAUGCUUUCUAUUGGAACGGAAGAUUCACUGAGCACAUUUUCCGUCGACUCGUUCGUACCUGUGCUUGUUGGGCUGCUGAAUCACGAGAGCAAUCCUGACAUUAUGCUUCUUGCGGCCCGGGCUCUUACCCACUUGGUUGAUGUUCUACCUUCUUCUUGUGCCGCUGUUGUCCAUUAUGGAGCCGUAUCAUGCUUUGUAGCUCGGCUGCUUACUAUUGAAUACAUGGACUUGGCUGAGCAGUCUUUGCAAGCUCUAAAGAAGAUAUCUCAGGAACACCCGACUGCUUGCUUGAGGGCUGGUGCGCUGAUGGCUGUGCUUUCUUAUCUCGACUUCUUUUCCACUGGUGUUCAGAGAGUAGCAUUAGCAACUGCUGCUAAUAUGUGCAAGAAGCUUCCCUCAGAUGCUGCUGACUUUGUCAUGGAAGCUGUUCCGCUUUUGACAAAUCUCCUUCAAUAUCAUGAUGCAAAGGUAUUAGAGUAUGCUUCCAUCUGCUUGACCCGUAUUGCCGAAUCAUUUGCAUCAUAUCCCGAGAAGCUAGAUGAACUUUGCAAUCACGGACUUGUUACCCAAGCCGCAUCGCUCAUCUCAACCAGUAACUCUGGAGGUGGUCAGGCUUCACUCAGCACGUCAACCUACACAGGUUUAAUCCGGCUUCUUUCGACAUGUGCCAGUGGCUCUCCACUAGGAACUAAAACUUUACUGCUGCUUGGUAUCACUGGAAUUCUCAAGGAUAUUCUAUCAGGUUCUGGUCUUGUGGCCUCUGUGUCUGUUUCACCUGCCUUGAGCAAACCUCCGGAGCAGAUUUUUGAGAUUGUGAACCUGGCAAAUGAGCUUCUUCCUCCGCUGCCUCAAGGGACGAUCUCUCUUCCCACCAGCACUAAUUUGUUGAUUAAAGGAUCUGUUGUGAAGAAAUCUUCUGCUAGUGGUUCUACCAAACAGGAGGAGACGAAUCUAUCUACUCAAGAGGUUUCAGCUCGAGAAAAAUUAUUGAAUGAUCAACCUGAACUUCUGCAACAAUUUGGAAUGGAUCUGCUUCCAGUGCUGAUCCAGGUAUAUGGAUCCAGUGUCAAUAGUCCAGUUCGCCACAAGUGUCUCUCGGUUAUUGGAAAACUUAUGUACUUCAGCAGCGCAGAUAUGAUUCAGUCUCUAAAUAACAUCACUAACAUAUCAAGUUUUUUGGCUGGAGUAUUGGCCUGGAAGGAUCCCCAAGUGCUGGUGCCUGCUCUUCAAGUUGCAGAAAUUUUAAUGGAAAAACUUCCUGGAAUUUUUUCCAAGAUGUUUGUGCGAGAAGGUGUUGUUCAUGCUGUAGAUGCUCUGAUAGUGUCUGCGUCCCAUAGUUCCGCUCCUUCCCAGCCAUCAUCUGCUGAGAAGGACAAUGAUUGUAUACCUGGGUCAUCUCGCUCUAGGCGUAAUCGACGUCGUGGCAAUAAUUCAAAUGCAGAUGCAAGUUCCAUUGAGGAUCCUAAGAGUACAGUUCCGGGGAGUGGAUCACCGCCAAACUCAUUGGAAAUUCCAAAGACCAGUUCUAACAUUCGCAUGGCAGUCAGUGCAUGUGCUAAAUCCUUCAAAGAUAAAUACUUCCCUUCAGAUUCAGGGGCUACUGAAGUUGGCGUUACUGAUGAUCUUCUACGAUUGAAGAAUCUCAGUAUGAAGUUGAACUCUGGUGUUGAUGAACAAUUAUCUAAACCUAAAGGAAAAUCAAAAGCUUCUGCUCCUCGGCUUGGAGAUAUUUCUGCCAGUAAGGAAGAGACCUUGGCCGAACUUGUAGCUUCCAUGCUGGGGGAGCUCAGCAAAGGGGAUGGUGUAUCAACUUUCGAAUUCAUUGGAAGUGGAGUUGUUGCAUCUUUGCUGAACUAUUUUACAUGUGGAUUUUUUUCCAAGGAAAGAAUCUCAGAUGCUAAUUUGUCUAGGCUUCGACAACAAGCAAUCAGAAGAUAUAAGUCUUUUAUCGCAGUUGCCCUUCCUGCUACUGUUGAUAGUGGAAAUAUGGUUCCUAUGACUGUUUUGGUUCAAAAGCUUCAAAAUGCCUUAUCUUCGUUGGAGCGGUUCCCUGUCGUGCUGAGUCAUUCUUCCAGAUCAUCUACCGGAAAUGCGCGACUUUCUUCAGGUUUAAGUGCUUUGUCGCAACCAUUCAAGCUUCGCCUUUGCAGAGCUCAAGGGGACAAGACCCUCCGUGACUACUCCUCGAAUGUUGUGUUGAUUGAUCCUUUAGCAAGUUUGGCGGCUAUUGAAGACUUUCUUUGGCCUCGAGUUCAGCGAGUAGAGUCUGGACAAAAGGCCUUUGCAUCAGUAGGCAACUCUGAGUCUGGGACCACCCCUGCAGGAGUUGGUGCUUCAUGCCCAUCUACAUCUACUCCGGCUUCUGGAUCUCGGCGUACACGAUCUAGGUCAGCGGUUAACAUAAAUGACAGUGCAAAGAAAGACCCACCACAGGAAAAAAAUGGAAGUUCUUCCAAGGGCAAAGGAAAGGCUGUUUUGAAGCCGGCUCAAGAAGAUGGCAGAGGGCCCCAGACAAGAAAUGCUGCUCGAAGACGAGCAGCCUUGGAUAAAGAAGCAGAGGUGAAACCCGUGACCGGGGAUUCUAGUUCUGAGGAUGAUGAGUUGGAUAUGUCACCUGUUGAAAUUGAUGAUGCUUUGGUCAUUGAGGAUGACGAUAUAUCUGAUGAUGAUGAAGAUGACCAUGAUGAUGUCUUGAGAGAUGAUUCUCUUCCUGUUUGCAUGCCGGACAAAGUUCAUGAUGUUAAAUUGGGUGAUUCUUCAGAGGAGAAUCCUGCCGCACAGACGGCAAAUGAUAGCCAGACAAAUGCAGGUGGUGGUUCUAGCAGCAGAGCUGCUUCUGCUCAAGGAUCUGAAUCCGUUGAGUUCAGGAGUGGGAGUUCUUAUGGUUCAAGGGGUGCAAUGUCAUUUGCUGCUGCUGCCAUGGCCGGACUUGCAUCUGCUAAUGGUAGAGGUGUGAGAGGGGCUAGAGAACGCCAUGGACGCCCUCUCUUUAGCACUAGUGAUCCACCCAGACUUGUAUUUUCUGCAGGUGGAAAGCAGCUUAAUAGGCACUUGACUAUCUACCAGGCUAUCCAGCGACAGCUUGUCCUUGAUGAGGAUGAUGAAGAGAGAUAUGGUGGCACUGACUUUGUAUCUAGU